GGCGCAGGAUUAUUGACCCGAGGGCAGACAGACAGCCAGCCUGGCACACACACACAGACAAACAGACAGACAGACAGACUGAUAAACAAACGUGUACAAGAACUGGCUGAUAGACAGAUAGAGAGGCAAACGCACAGACAGGCACAAAGAGACAGGUCAAUGCACAGAACGGUUAAUCCACCGACCGACCGACAGACCAACAGAGGGGAUAGUGAAGUCACGCAAAUCACAGUCAGCAAAUUUGGCUGUACAGAAAUGAUCGUAUGAAGUGUUACGUCCACACACACACACACACACACACACACACACACACACACACACACACACACAAACACACACACAGAGGCCGGAUGCUGCUUGGGUCCCGACGGAUAAGUUUAUCGCCCACAUGUUUCUCAAGAAUAAAGGUCCAAAGACCGUCACGGCAUUCUGCUGGGCGAGGCGCUGCGGGGAGGACGACGGACGGACGGACGGACGGACGAAGGACAGAAAGAAGAAGGAAGGAAGGAAGGAGCCCAUCCUGCCUCCCUCACCGCCGUCCUGCCUCCUUCACGGCCUGCCUCAAUCCCUCACGCUCACCUUGCCUCACCGGAGAGAGGAGAGAGGGGAAUGACUAACCUCUGCCUCACACAUUACCUCACUCUGCCGACCCUUCUCACUCCCUGCCCCAGCCUGCCCCUCUGCCUCUGCCCAGCCCUGCCUUCCUGCCUCAGCCAUUCCUUUCCUGCCUGAGCCUCCCCUUCCUCCCUUUCUCUCCCUGUCCGCCUCCCUCCUUUGAUUAAGAAGCAGACGAGGAUGGUGGUGGCGAUGGUGGUGGUGGUGAUGGGGGUGGUGGUGACGAGUCCUGCGCUGGCUGACGAUCCCAGUCUUUUCGAAGGCUGCCUCGUGUCCCCGGCGUUCAACAUCAGCGUGGGGGGGCGCCGCGCCGCACAAGCGGAGUUUUGGGGUUUCGUGGGGUCCGCCGCCGCCGGCCCCGUCAUGGAGGUGGAGGUGGGGGAGGAAGGCGGCUUCGGGCACACACGCGUGAACCUGACGCACACGCACGCCUCCGCCAUCCGCGUGGCCCUGAUGGAGGAGCGGCGGCAGGAGUGGCGCGUGUCGGGGCGUGUGACAGCCGGGUGGCGCCGCUUCCUGCUGGCGGCCACGUGGCAGAAGGACGCCCUGCGCCUCGCCCUCACCGACGACCUCGGCGCCGCCUGGCUGGCCGACGCGCCGCCGCAGGGAGUGCCCGCCGCCCAGUGGGUCAGCGUGGCCGUGCCGCACUUCAGCACGAACUGCCAAGCGCUGACCCCCGUGUGGCGCGUGGCGGCCGGCGCGGCCACGGAGGUGCCGCUCUCGCCGCUGUCGCGCCGCCUUCAGUUCACGCUGGAGGGCGGGUCGCUGCCGCGGCUAACGCUGCACCACACGGAGCUUAGCCUGGCCGCGGCGGCAGGCGACGGCAGUGGGCAGGACACCCCGCCGCCGGCAGGGCCACUGCUGCUGCGCCUGACGCUGGACCACACCCGGCCCGCCGCGCCGCCCCGCCUGGUGAGUAUGCUGCUACCUGAGGAGUCUUGCUCCUGCCCCCUUGCCCCCUCCCCUGCCCCCUCAUCUUCCUUCUCCUCCCUGCCCCUGGCACUCCCUCACGGCGCCUCUUGCUCCCAGGUGGCGGCGGGCCUGCGCGGCGUGGUGGAGGUGGUAGCGGGCGGCCCCGUGGUGGCCAUGCGGCUCAGCGGCCAGGGGGAAGGCGCCUUCCACGUGGUGCAGCAGCUGCACGUGUCCCCCGCCGCUCAGGACACCACCUGGGGUGCCGCCCCCUGCUCCGGGGUGAUCGCUAUCAGCUGGCCUGUCCUGGCAGGGGCGGCGGCGGCGCUGCUGCUGGCCGGCACGUGUGUGGGCGCCGGCCUGUGCCGCCUCAUGGGGACCCGUGUGGAGGCGGCGGAGUCGGCGGAGGUGACGACGACGACGAAGUCUCAGUCGCGGGAAGAAGCGGCGUCGCGAAAGUCAGAGUCUCCGUACCUGAAGCCACGGCGCGGCCCUUCCCCACCCGCGCUGCCGCCCCCCAGCGUGCUCGUGGCGCUGCCCGGCUCCCCGGCGGCGGCUCUGCAGGAGUGGCGCAGCGCCGCGGUGGUGCCAGCUCCGCGCAAGUCUGUGCCUCUGUACCUACAUCCCCGCCCCGGUCCCCGCCCCGCUCCCUGGCCUGCCCUGGCCCUGCCGCCGCCCCGCAGCUCCAGCCCCGAAGACACAUACGAGUACGUGGACGAGGCGAUGGCGACGGGCGACCCGUGGGCGGAGGACUCGUUCACCAGCGACGACGCCGACGCCGACGACAAAGGCGACCGCCUCUACUGUAACUGAGGGGCCGCGCCGCCCAGCGCCCGCCUAAAACAGGCGAGGGGCGGCGUGACGGUGACGCUGAGGCCACGCGACGUACGCCAGGCCGCCUGUGGCUGAGGCAGUGACUGAAGCAGUGGCUGAGCACUCGUGAACUAUUUGAGGAAUGAAGGAAGCAAGGUCCAAAGAAGAGAGCUCUUUGGACCUUGGAAGGAAGGAAGGAAGGAAGGAACCAACUAGUUAAAGAAUUAGGAAAGGAAAGGCGGAGGAAACUCGGAAGGUGUCAGCGUGGAGGCUCGUCAUGGAUGAUGAUGAUGAUGAUGAUGGCUAUGAUGACACGACUAGUGGAACUUCUGGAACCUUCUUGCAUGAUAACACUAUCAGUCACGGCCGCUCUCAGAUAUUGCUCCGCCUCGAUCUUUACCACCCUCCCUCCUCUUCUGAUCCUCCUCCUAGCUCUCUUAUUCGUUCAUUUUCCUUUCUUCCCUAUUCUCUUUUUUCCUUUUUUAAUUUUCUACCGUUAGCUACUGAUGGAGAUAAACAAGAGAGAGAGAGAGAGAGAGAGAGAGAGAGAGAGAGAGAGAGAGAGAGAGAGAGAGAGAGAGAGAGAGAGA